AGCAAAUGUUGAACAUCGGAACAAAGAAACGUUAGCAGGAAAGUUAGCACAGCGACUAGCGAAACUCUCCACUGUGACCGUCACUGUCUGUUGUGUACACAGAGCCGUCGUGCCGCCGCUUCGCUACCGAGGGGAACAUCUCGACCGGGUUUCGUGUGGGGCGUGAAAAGAUUUCAAACGGCGAAGUGGGGAAUGACGGAAAAAGUUUUAGAACCACUAGUCUAACCUGACCUCAGAUGAGGUGUGUAGAUGGUAACCACUAGAAGGCGCAAAACAAUUUCAGUAGGUAUGCUGUCGAGCGUUAAUAGAAAGAUUGACAGGUCCAAUAAACCAAUCCCCUGCUCCGGCUUGCACUGACUAUCCAAUCCGGAUACCGGAGGCCAGACACCACCGAGCACUCCGCUAAUUCGGUCCCGCGGACUAAUUAGAUUAGUAAUCAGUCGGGACAAUAGGAGCCUUGUCUUCGAAAUGUGUUAACAGCUGAUAGUGACAAAAGUUGAUCAGAUGGAUCCAAGGAAACCUUCUCAUCUCCCUGAGAGGAUGGGUGUUCAUUGCCUAGGACGGGGGAGAGGAUCACAGCUUGGGGAGUUGGCCGUAGGGCGUAGUGGAGGGCUGCUGGUCUCUAUAGAACAACCUGCUGUAGGACGAGCCAGGGGUUUCCCAACUUCUGCUGAUAACUCGAUGGGACAAAGUGUAGCUCUCCCCAUUACUGAACCUGUGGUAGGACGAGCUAGAGGGCUGUUGGUGCAACCCGAUGUAGGAGUUGGCCGAGCUAGGGGGCUGCUCGUCCCAGCAGCUGAACCAAAGUUAGGGGUGGCGAGAGGCGCAGGCAUACCUAGACUGGCGCCACAGCAAGGACCCACACCUUCAAGUGAGACGCCAGCUCUUACAGGAGAAAUCCCCACUUUCACAAAAGAAGAGAUUGGCAAGCCACCCCUAGUCUCAUUGUUUAGAGGAAUGAGCAUUGAGCGAUCAGUGACUUCAUGGGGAAGAGGAGCAGCACUAGUGGGGAUAGGACCAGCUGGGGAUGUGGGAGAGGCGAAACUGCAAGGUGCCCCAGCAGGUGUCACAAGCACACCACAGAGUAUCGGCUCAUUUGGAGACAUGAUGGGCCGAGGCAGCAGUUUCCUUGGCCAAGGUUUGUCCCCUCAGACGAUGGUGGGCGUUGGAAGAGCACCUAUGACGCAGCUUGGAGUUGGAAGAGGUCAUGCUUUGCUUCCUUCAUUUCCUAAAGGUCAGGAUGUGUCUGUUUCUCCAAUGCCUGAGCCACAAACAGCAGCAUACUCUCAGCCCUUCAUGACAGGAACUGUGCCCCCUGUGCACACCACUCAAGAAGCCACAGAUCUUUCCACUACUGCAGCUGCAAAGAGGGAGCUGACAAUGGAGGCAGUUCAUGAGCCACUGAAUAAGGCUGGUACAAAAGGAGCUCCUAUAACAAUUGGAUCAAACCACAUCCCAAUUAAAUGCAAGAAUGAAGCAGUGUAUCAGUACCAUGUUACUUUUACUCCAAAUGUUGAGUCAUUGGGGAUGCGUUUUGGCAUGAUGAAAGACCACCGUUCAACCACAGGUGAAGUUGUGGCUUUUGACGGCUCAAUACUGUACCUUCCUGUUAAGAUGAAAGAUGUGGUUUUUCUCAAGAGUUUGAGACGGACUGAUAGUGAGGAAAUAGAAAUCAAAAUUCAGAUGACGAAGAUUUUACCUCCAAAUUCAGAUCUGUGCAUUCCAUUCUACAACAUGGUGCUAAAGAGGGUAAUGAAAAUGGUUGGACUGAAACUGGUGGGCAGAAACCACUAUGAUCCAGAAAGCGCAGUCAUUCUUGGAAAGCACCGACUCCAAGUUUGGCCAGGCUAUUCAACUGCUAUCAAGCGCACAGAUGGAGGUCUGUACCUGUGCAUUGAUGUGUCUCACAAAGUCUUGCGGAAUGACUCUGUGCUGGAUGUCAUGAACAUGCUGUACCAACAGAGCAAGGAAAACUUCCAAGACGAAUGCACCAAACUCGUCGGCAGCAUUGUCAUUACCCGCUACAACAAUCGCACCUAUCGUAUUGAUGCCAUUGAGUGGAACAAAUCCCCAAAAGACAUCUUCACUUUGAUGGACGGCACAGAAACCACUUUUGUGGACUAUUACAGCAAAAACUAUGGGAUUACGAUCAAAGAGAUGGACCAACCUUUACUCAUGCAUCGGCCAAAGGAGAGGUCCAGACAAGGCGGGAAGCAAAUCAUCACUGGUGAGAUCCUUCUAGUCCCAGAGCUUUCCUUCAUGACAGGCAUUCCUGAGAAAAUGAGGAAGGACUUCAGAGCUAUGAAAGAUUUGGCCAUGCACAUUAAUGUGAGUGGUGAGCAGCACACCCACUCAAUCAAACAACUUCUGAAGAACAUCAACUCCAGUCCUGAAAGUCUGAAUGAGCUUGGUCGAUGGGGCCUGGAGAUGGGCACAGACAUCUUGAUGAUCAAAGGUAGAACUCUUCCCCUUGAAACAAUCUGUCUGCAGUCCUCAUCCUUUGCCACUGGUGCUGAUGUGUCUUGGUCCAGAGAGGUUGUGAGGGAUGCGUCAAUCAGCUCUAUUCCCUUGAACACAUGGGCUAUCUUCUACCCUCGACGCUGCGCAGAACAGGCUGAUGAGCUUGUUUCCGCAUUUAACAAGGUGGCCACACCUAUUGGGGUGCGACUGGAUCGACCCAUUCGUGUGGAGCUGAGGGAUGAUCGGACUGAGACUUACGUCAAGACCAUCCACUCUCACCUCACAAGUCAGCCCAGUUUGCAGCUUGUAGUGUGCAUCAUUGUUGGCAACAGAGACGAUCUCUACGCUGCCAUUAAGAAGCUGUGCUGCGUGAAAAAUCCCAUCCCGUCCCAGGCUAUCAAUGUCCGGACAAUUUCCCAGCAACAGAAGUUGAAGAGUGUGGCCCAGAAGAUACUCCUGCAGAUAAACAGCAAGUUGGGAGGAGAGCUGUGGACUGUGAAUGUUCCUCUGAAAAACUUGAUGGUAGUUGGAGUUGAUGUCCACCAUGACCCCAGCAAGGCUCACCAGUCGGUCAUGGGGUUUGUCGCAAGUGUGAACAGCUCAAUUACCCGUUGGUACUCCAGAGUAACUUUCCAGACACCCAGUGAGGAGCUGAUCCAUGGCUUCAGAGUUUGCUUACUGGCUGCCCUGCAGAAGUACUAUGAGGUGAACCACAACCUGCCAGAAAAGAUUGUGGUGUACAGAGAUGGCGUAUCAGACAGCCAGCUGAAGAUGGUGGAGCAGUACGAGAUCCCACAGCUGAUUAAAUGCUUUGAGACUUUCCCCGGCUACGAGCCCAAGCUGGUCUUCAUAGUGGUACAAAAACGUAUUAGCACCACUCUGUACUCCUGGGCUGCGAACAGCUUUGGCACCCCUCCUCCUGGAACUGUUGUGGAUCACACCCUCACUCAUAAAGACUGGGUGGACUUCUAUCUGAUGGCGCACCACAUUCGCCAGGGCUGCGGAUUUCCAACACGCUACAUCUCUUUGUACAACACGGCAAACCUCACACCAGACCAUUUGCAAAGGUUGACAUUCAAGAUGUGCCAUUUGUACUGGAACUGGCCAGGUACCAUUCGUGUUCCAGCACCCUGCAAGUAUGCCCACAAACUGGCUUUCCUUUCUGGCCAGUACCUGCACUCAGAGCCGGCCAUCCAGCUCUCAGACAAACUCUUUUUCCUUUGAGUUGCAUAGGUUUGUACCACAAACCAACUGCUGAGUUCACAGCAAGACAAACAGAAUAACUACUGUAUGCAUAUCUGACUUAAGUUUUAUUUUGAGAAGUUUUACUGAUUUUUGAAUUUUUCAUUGCCAUUAUGUUCUAUAUUGUGGCAGUUUUUUUUCUUAAUGUUCACACCAAAACUGUUCAUCUGUUAUUAUUUAAGCCUUGAAUGCUGAUAUCCUGCUAAAGUCAAAGCUGAGAUGUUGAUCUGUUCUGUUUACAGCAAAAAUAAAGGGAUUUGCCUCACUGUUCCAAUACUUUUGUAGGGGGUUGUAUUGGCAGUACAUUUCUGCUUCUGCUUCUUUUUCAUUGCCAUUAUGUUCUAUAUUGUGGCAGUUUUUUUUCUUAAUGUUCACACCAAAACUGUUCAUCUGUUAUUAUUUAAGCCUUGAAUGCUGAUAUCCUGCUAAAGUCAAAGCUGAGAUGUUGAUCUGUUCUGUUUACAGCAAAAAUAAAGGGAUUUGCCUCACUGUUCCAA